AUGGGUAUUCUUACUGUUGCUGAGUGUCUAGAGCGUUUCGAAGCAUUUGCCCAAUCUCAAUCUCAGUCGCGAUCUGAUCAGCGGUAUCAAAGUGGAAAUUCAAAUACCACUACUAGUGCACCCACUCGUGGGGUGAACCAUAUCACUAUGGACCCUAGUAUAGCUGGCGUAUUAGAAAACGUCACUAGAGAGCUCAAGGAGAUUAGGGCAAAGGUUGAUAAGUGUGAGUUUUGCCGAGGGGGUCAGUAUACGAAUGCGUGUCCAUUGUUAGUUGGUGAGGAGCAGGUCGAUUUCGUGGGAGGGGGUCUAGGUAGAGGUCAACCUAGUGGGUUUGCUCAAAAUCCAAAUAGGGGACAAGGUUCAUUCUUUGGUGGGGGUUCAAAUGGGCAGUUCAAUAAGGGGUUCAAUGGGCAGGUCAAGGAUGGGGGGUCAAGUAGUCACGUUCAAGUAGUUCCGGGUUCAAGUUAUGAUUUAGGGGGUAGUCUGGAGAGGAUGGAGGCAAUGAUGAGCCAGUUAGUCGUUAAGGACCAAACCACCCAAAAGAUUCUUACCGAACAUGACCUUAUGCUUAAGAACCACCAAGCCUCUUUCCAAGACCUUCAAAGGGUCAUAGGUGACAUGUCUAGGAAGCUUGAAGAGAGGUUACCCGGUCAGUUUGCGGGUAACACCCAACCGAACCCUAAUGCCCAUGCCAAAGCCAUUACCACUCGUAGUGGCAAAACCGUUGGGAACCCGAGAGUUGAGGAGAGAGUAAUAGAGGAGGAUGAGGAGAUUGUAGACGAAGAAAUCGAGAUGGAGGCUCCCGACAAAGUGCAAUCGAGGCUAAGCCCAGCAAGUACCGCACAGCCCGGUGAGCCUCAACGAGAGAAUAAAGUAGAGAAACCACCCGUAGACAUUAGACCUUCUCCACUCGUAGAUUAUUCGCGUGUCCCGUUUCCUACACGUCUUAGGAAACAAAAGUACUCCAAGGAAUACAGGCAGUUCUUAGAUAUCUUCAAGCAAUUGAAGAUUAAUCUACCUUUCAUUGAGGCACUCCAAUCUAUGCCCAAGUACGCGAAGUUCUUAAAGGACCUUCUUAGAAACAAGGAGAAGUUGGGAGAGUUGUCGAAUGUUCCAUUGAAUUGA